AUGUCAACGUCGCGCGUGUUUUACGCCAGCGGUGCCGGCCCGGGCGCGGAGACGGCCGGCCGGCCUCGGCAGUCGCCGUUCGGUGGCGGAGCGCGCCGCUCGGCCGAGCCGGGCCCAGGGCGCGAGCGCCGUCCGCCGCAGCAGCUGUACGUGCCGCCGCGACACCGGCAGGGCGGCGCCAGCAGCGGCUUCAACCGCGCCUCGUCACCCGGCCUGUCCAUUUGCUCGGAGAUAGUCACCUCGUGGCGGGCGCGCGCCACGCCGCCGCGCGCCUCCUCGCCGGGCCCGCUGAGCCCGAGCGCGGCCCGUCCGCCGACCGGCCCGCGGCGGCGACUCUCGCAGCAGGCCAGUGACGGCGGCGGCGGCGGCGGCGGGGCGUGGCGACAGAGCGGCGACAGUCUGAGUCAGUCGCGGCCGUCCAGUCGACAGGGCAGUCAGGUGUAUGUGCCGCCGGCGCGGCGGGACGGCGAGAGUCCAGCUCCUCUGGCGGCGGCGCCGCGCCCCGAGCUGGACCGGCCCAGUCCGGCGCACCAGCCGCCGGGCGGCGGACGCGGCCGGGGCGUCCACACGCCUCAGAGAGUCGCCUCGCCGGCACCGACUGCGGCGUACUCCCGGCCGAGUCCCGCGCCGCCGCCGCUGGGCGGCCCGCCGCGGCGACCGCCCGCCGGGGACGAGCCAGGCAGCACAGCCUCACUGGGAAGGCGUGGCAGCUCGCGGCGCCGGCGGCGCGGCCGCGACAGCGGCGCCGCGGCUCCAUCACCGGCGCCCGACCGCCGCUCCAUGUCGCCCACCGAUCUGAUCGCCAGUCUGCAGCUGGAGGGCGCCGGGUCCGCACCGCUGGCGCCGGGGUCACCGGCCGGCCGCGCGCCCGCCCUCAGCGAGCCCCAGUCGCCCACAGACGUGAUGGCCCACCUGGGCGUGCGGCCGAGCCCGCUGCUGGCGCGCACCGACAGCCUCGGACAGCUGGUCAACACCACCGACGACGAGAAGGUGACGCUGGGCGGCGGCCGCGGACGGGGCAGGGGCCGGCCGCGGGAACGCCAGCCCACCUCGCCCGGCCCGGCCGCCGCUGUCCUGCCCCAGUCGGACGAGGUCAAGGCGGCGCUGCGGCGCCCUCACAGCGCCCGGUCCAAAGAGCGCGGCUGGGCGGACUCUGCGGAUAACGAGCGUGGCCCGACGCCGACGCCUUCUAAGGUUAUCGUGGGACCCUCUCCUGCUGGUAUAUCCAAUAAGUCUGGGUGUGAUGUGUCGCCGCACCACGUCCAGGGCGCCAUUGUUCGACAAUCUCCGGAGCGGAGUGGGGGAGGACCGGGUCACAUCAGUGCCGGGUCGGCCGGCUCCCAGCCCGCCGUCUCUCAAUCCCCGCCGGCCACAUCGUCACCACUAGAAGGCGUCGCUUCAGCGGCAACAGUGACACAACAGUCGGCAGUGUCACGUGCGCCACCUCUUGCCACCAGCGCAGAAGAACGGACGCCGCCUAGCCACCCAGAUUCCUCUCAAGUGAUGAAUUCACCGCCGGAGCCCCCGUCCGCUCCUCCCGCCGACCCAGCGCCCGUAGCGCCCGCCCCGGACUCCGUACCCGCUGCUGUGGACGCCGAGGGUCCGGAACCGGCCGGCUGUCGCGCGGCCGAGCGGCCGGCCUCUGCGGAGCCGCCGGCGCCGGAGCGGACGCGGCGCCGCUCGUCCGCCUCGUUCAGCGGCCUCUUCAAUCUGAGUCUGGACGAGCCGUUCGACUGGGCCGACGAGGUCGACGAGUGGGAGCGGCGCUUCAACGACGACGGAGAGGCCGCGGACUCGGAGCACAAGGCGCCGGCCAGUCCGGUGAAGCGGCGACCGUCUGCCGGCGGUGGCGGCGGCCGGUCCCGCCGUCCCGACAGGCCCGAGGUCGGCGACGAGCCGCCGUCAGACCCGUCCCUGCCCGCUCACGUCAUCGAGCUCUACAACUUCCCGUCUGGCUUCAGCAAGCAGGACUUCAACGUGGUGUUCGCCGACUUUGUGAAGAGUGGGUUCGAUGUGCGGCCAGUGGACGACCGGCACGCGCUGGGCGUGUUCUCCAGCGCCGCGUGUGCGGCCGAGGCGCUGCGCCUGUGCCACCCGAUGCUGCUGAGCCGGCCGCUCUCGAAGGCGACGGCCCGCUCUCGGCAGAAGGCGGCGGUGCCGGCCAACGCGCAGCUGCCGCACCGGGCGCGGCCGGAGACCUCGGCGCUGCACGCCGGCCGAAUGGUGGCCACCGCCCUGGGCGUGCACGCGCCCGGUGACGGCCGCGCUCGACAGCGCCGCGACCAGGAGCAGCGCAAACUGCGUGACGCUAAAGAUAAGAAGCGUCUGGCCAACAAGCAGCGGGACGAUGCGUGGGAGGGCCGCUUUUAACCGCCGUUUGGGCCGCCGAGGCUCAGUGGGGUAGCAUCUUCGGAAUGGCGCCGCCGCUGCCUCUACACAGAGCGUGUUUUGAACGUUUUGAUGGAUCUUCAAUCAGUGUGAUGGUUUAUAUGACCGGAAUUCGGAUUAGUAUUUACUAUUUAGCACCAUACGUGUCCCACAUUUGAUUGUUUUAUCCCUAUCAUGCUUUGUUAGUUUUUACUGACAUUUACAUAUAGGAAAUCAUGUGGUUUGGUAAGUAGUAUGCCUUUUACACGGAUGUUUUAAUCACUGACGCUUGUGAUUAAUAUUUAAGUUGUAGAGAUGUAUUGGUUUUGCUACCGUCGUAAUUGGUUUAUAGAUGUGUUAAAUGCGAAUUUACUCUUAAGGACGCGUCGCAUGGGCUAGUUCCUAUUGCGUGCGGCGGGCAUUCGGAGUGUUGACCGAGCUUACAGUGAGCUGUGCCGUCCGAGCGGUCAGGCCGUGGCGCGCAGGCCCAGCCCGGCGCGCCGUGUGGCCGCGGAUGUUCCGGCGGGUUGGCCGGACCACUGGAUGAUCUGACAGGGCUGUGGCUCGUCCUCGUGUUGUUUGUACUGUCUGCCGCGCUCCCAGCGUGUACCAGUGCCGCGCUCCCCCGACCGCCUCCGAAUCCGACAGCCAUCCUCAUCGUGAAAUAUCGAAAAUCAAACGGCGCCACAGUUGGCACAGCGUGCCGUCUUAUCUGAACGGGUGCCAUUUGUCCAUUAUUGCGCGGUGUCCGCAGUCCGAUAUCAAAGUGCCAGACGAGCCGUUCAAGUACCUGGGAGUGUUCACCUCUUCAAUGUGUGGCCGACCAAGCGCAUCUGCGCAGGCGAAUUUUUGUACAAAUGUGAUAUGGUUUACGUGACAUCCGAAGUGUAUAACGUUCCUGGAUUAUGAACAAUACACUAAAGAACUCCG